AUGGACAGUGGACAGACCCAGAGUCUCGAGAUCAGCGAGGCGGAUGCCAACUGGGAGCUGAUCCGGGACAAGGGCAGGGCAGGGCAGGGCAGGCCCCCUCCCCCUGACGCCCUCUCCCUUUGGUCUCCCUGGCAGGUCAUCGAGGAGCGCUUUGGGCCCACCGUCAUACCGGUUCCCUUCCUGGAAGAUGCCGCCUCCUACGACCUCCUGACGGUGCUGAUCAAAAAGCCGCAGCUGGGACAGAACCUCCUGCGCAGGCGGCGCUGCCUGGUGCCCAUUGGGCCCCUGGAGAAACUGCUGCCCGGGGGCACCGCCACGCGGGAGCUGACCCACUGCACCCGCGAGUACAGUGCCCGGGUGAGGGGCGAAUCCCGCUACGAGGAGACGCGGCUGGUAGACGGGGCCCUGCGGCACAUCCGCCUCAGCAUGGCUGGCGUCCAUAAAAAGGUCGCCUUCCUGGUGCUGCGUCCUGGGGCGGUGGCCCUGCGCCCCGACCUGCCAUGGCUGCGCUCCCAGAGCAGCAUCUAUGUGGUUUACGAGGUCUUCUACGCCAGCAGCCUGUCGCUGGCUGUCACCCAGGGGGCCGAGCACCGCCACUUCCUCCAGGAGCAGCCUCUCCCCGUAGCCUUCUCCUGCCUCAAGUUCGCCCUCAGCCACAAAGGUGUGCUGGGCUCCCAAAAGCCCAUGGGCCACACCCUGCCCGCCCGGGCCGCGUGGGUGAGGAUGGCAGUGCUGGAGGCCUCUCCCCCAGCCAGGCCUCUGGAGCCCCCCCUCCGAAAGGGGCCUUCCGGGCGCGGCCUGCCUGGGAGCGGGCGACGGGGCCGGGAGCAGGCCUGCCCGCUGGGCUCUCCCCCUUCCUGCCCUCUGCCCCUCGCCACCAAGGGAGAGGGCCCCCCCACGCCCCCCUUGCUCCAGCAGCUGCCCACCCGCAUGCUUAGGAAGAGCCUACGCAGAGCCUCCCCGCGCCUGUCCUCAGCAGCAGGAGGAGGAGGACCCGGGCAUUCCUGGGAGGGGCGGCCCCCGGGGGCCCUGGGGCGCUGCCUCCCACAACGACCCCCUUGUCCUGCGUCUCCACCAGGGAAGGGGCCGUUCAAGCAGCGGCGGGCCAGGCUGGGGCCCUCCUGCAGCAGCCUGGCCGACCCCGAGAGGCACUCCAUGUCCCUGCCGCUCCUGCAGGGCAUCGUGGCCGAGAGCGACACGGAAGAGUGACGCCGGCAGCAGCCACGCCCGCAAUAAAGCGCCUCGUUUGCACGCAGCAAUGCUGAGACUCUGGCCUGGCGGGGGGCGGUUCUCCAGGCAGGGGACCACGGCAGUGGAUUUUUC